UAGAGACUGUCCUAAGUAUACGUCUAUGGACAAAACGCACGAUAUACUAUCUACUUAUUUUACGUGAUGCGUCAUGUAAAAAGUAGGGGAGGUUCAUCAUUAAAUCAUUCUGUAUCGCGGAUAUUAAUCCGUCAAAAAUGUUCGCAAUAAGUACAGAAUGAGUGGUGUUAAGAAAAAAAUCAAUCAUAGAGCGGUGUUUAAACGACGAACAAAACAUGAUGAUAACGCUGAAUUAUCGGAAGUUCUCAUUAUAUCUGCGAGAAAGACCGGAAAUUUGAAUCUCUCGUCGAGAGGUUUAUACACGGUACCCAAUAGAGUAUGGAGUAUAAAUGAAUUAACAGAAGAAGAAGUAAAGGAGCUACACAUUGAGCUUGAUUAUGUGCACAAAAAUGAACGUUGGUGGGAGCAGGAACCACUUAAGAUAUUGGAUUUGAGUUGUAAUAGUUUAACUAGAAUUGAUUCAAAAAUACAAUGUUUAACAGAAUUGACAACAUUGCUAUUACACAAUAACUUAUUAGAGGACUUACCUCCAGAGAUUGGAAAUUUAAGUACAUUAAAAGUACUAAAUGUAUCUAACAACAAAUUAGAGAACCUACCACAUCAAUUUUACAAGUUGAACGAAUUACAUCAAUUAUAUUUAAAGAAUAAUUGUUUAAGAGAACUUGAUUCUGCAAUUGGUGAUUUAAUUAUGUUAUCUCAUUUGGAUUUGUCAUGUAAUAAUUUGUCCGAACUACCAUUGGGAAUGGGAUUUUUAGUACGAUUGAUUUCUUUGGAUGUAAGCCACAACAUGUUAAAAGAAUUGCCAUCUGAUUUAACAAGUAUGAGAGUGUUACAAAAGCUAGAUGCAAGUUAUAAUGAGUUGGAAAUCCUACCACCCCUGGGUGAAUUAAGGAAGGUAGAAACAGUAAUGUUGCAAGGAAACAAGUUAAAAACAUUUCCUAACAUGUCUGGGUGUAUAUUAUUAAAAGUACUACACUUGACUGCUAAUGAAAUUACUGAAAUUGAUAUGUCUUGUUUGGAAGGUGUUGGACAAUUGAGAACAUUGACAUUAGGAAGUAAUAAAAUUACUACGAUACCAGAGGAAAUAAUAAAAUUAGUAAAUCUGGAAAUUUUUGAUUUGUCGUGCAACAAUGUAACUAAAAUACCAAGUUAUAUUGGUAUAAUGCCAAAUAUAAAACAAUUAACAAUCGAUGGAAAUGAUGUACAGAAUAUAAGACACGAUAUAAUACGAUGCGGCACGUAUCGUAUUUUAAAACACAUACGUCAAAAUGUUAACAGUACAAAUGUAAAUACAACAGAGUAUUCGAUAUCUGAUGGAGAUACAAAUAUUUAUCCAGAUAAAUAUACUAUGCAAAGUACAAAGUUGCUCAGUUUGGCUGGCCAAAAUCUUGUCGAAUUACCACAAGAAGUUUUAGAAGAUGCAUGUAAAGCAGAUGUAGGCACAGUGGAUUUAAGUAGGAAUAAGUUAUCUGUUUUACCUGAAAAGUUGUCAAUAAUUGCAAGAGUUAGCGAUUUGAAACUAACGUCUAACCACCUAACACAUAUACCAGAAUGGAUAGGUGAAAAGUAUCAAUUUUUGCAAGCUUUGGAUUUAAGUAAAAACAAUUUAUUAUCACUUCCUUCUAGUCUUGGUUUAUUGAAAUAUUUACGAGAAAUUAAUAUCUCAUUUAACAGAUACAAAGAAAUACCAGAAUCUGUAUAUGACGUUGAAUCGUUGGAAAUAUUUAUAGCAAAUGAUAAUUUAAUAUCUGAAAUCGACGUAUCAUCCUUGCAAAAAUUGAGGAAACUUGCAAUAUUGAAUCUUGCUAACAAUAACAUUGGACAUAUACCACCAGAACUCGGCAAUUUAAAGAAUCUAAGGAUGUUAUCUUUAUCUGGAAAUUCUUUCAAACAACCAAGACAAGCAAUAUUGGCCAAAUCUACAGAAGAGAUCCUUGCAUAUCUUCGAGACAGGAUACCGCAAUAGAAAACAAUCAACAAAUUGUUAAAGUGUCUUAAAUGUUUAUUCUGAUUAAAAAUAUAUUGCGUGAAAGGUGUAACAACAACAGAUACGUGUCAAAAAAAUUGUAUACAUGUCUUAAAUAAAUUAUUUGAGGGAACAUUUAUUUGACAAGAAUUGAUCGGAAUUUACAUCGAUUAGGUAUAAAUAAAUCAAUAAGUGUAUAUUAUUAAGACAUUAUACACAUGUUUCGAAUACGAUUUGUAGACAGUUUGUAAAUUAAUUUAAAAAUUGCCGCGCCUUAAGCUUCCCGACCUCCCUAGAAAAUCAUUUUUUGAUUUAACGUUUAGAUUCUCUGAAAGAAUUCGCUUCUUUCGUCGUUCUCGAGCACUUAUCACGAGGACUGGUUUGAUAAAAGCCAGAAUUAGGUGUUUUCUCUAAACAGGCGCUCUUUGGCUUCGGUUUUUGUUUGUUUUUAGUACUUAAUGAUCGCCGAACGAUUUCUUCGAUAAAUCUUUGUUCCUUCUCGUUCAUGUCAGACA